GUUGGCUGCCCCCAACGAAGGAAGAGUCCUGCGUGGGCAGGCGAGACUAUCGCUAUCUGGCAGCGGGAAGAAGAGAGAGAGAGAGAGAGAGAGAGAGAGAGAGAGAGAGAGAGAGAGAGAGGGGCCGCCAUGCAGAUCUUUGUGAAAACCUUAACGGGUAAGACUAUCACCCUUGAGGUGGAGUCGUCCGAUACGAUCGACAAUGUGAAAACGAAGAUUCAAGACAAGGAGGGCAUUCCUCCAGAUCAGCAGAGGUUGAUUUUUGCGGGCAAGCAGCUUGAGGAUGGCCGCACUCUUGCAGAUUACAACAUCCAGAAGGAGUCUACUCUGCAUCUAGUGCUAAGGCUUCGAGGUGGAGCGAAGAAAAGAAAGAAGAAGACCUACACGAAGCCGAAGAAGAUCAAGCACAAGAAGAAGAAGGUCAAGCUUCCUACCUUGCAGUUCUAUAAGGUGGACGAUACAGGAAAGGUCACCCGUCUUCGGAAGCAGUGCCUUAAUCCGGAGUGCGGGCCGGGCACAUUCAUGGCCAAUCAUUUUGAUCGACACUACUGCGGCAAGUGCGGGCUCACGUACGUGUACCAGAAGACCGCUCAGGAUUGAGGCUGGCGGGAGUAAAGAUAGAUAGAUAGA